ACCGUACGGAGUGGUUGUAGGCUCGUAGCCGCGUAGCCGCGUAGUCGCGUAGCACGCCCGAAUAUUUAGCGGUUAGCUACGACGCUACGCUUUCAUUGAAUGUGUCUGAUAUUAAGGCAAUUUUUUAACAGUGUGAGGUUUUGUCAUUUUCUUCUUAGAUUUAGUAUUUUUUACGAAAAUAUACGUUCACUGUAAAGUUUUUCUCUAGUUGGAACUAAAGGCCUCAAGCUGUUUUUCCAAAGUACAAUGACGAAUGAUAAGAGGACUAAUUCAGAGCCUCGAGAGUCCACUGCAAAAGGUUGGACGCGACGACCUGAUGAUGUGAAGUUUGAGUUUGGGUUUGGAGUACCUCUGGGCGCAAUGUCGGCCCAUCCCGCUUUCCAUUCAGCUUGGGACCUCGGAUGUCCAGCCUCAGGGUUCCAUCAAAUGGCCAGGAUGAUGGACCGAAUGAUGGUGGAAAGCUUUCAACCAUUUGGGUUUGCGCGAAUGACAGCAAGUCAGAGCGGAGACAAGAAAGGUGAUUCGGAUAAACCCAGAGAUGGACUCAGAACAGAACGGAGUGAGACGAGGAGAGAACGAGCUAAGCACCAACCAGCCACGCACGCUGCUUUGGGGACACGACAUGUACCUACACAAAUUGUCAAACCAUCAAACGUGGUAAACAUAACCGAUAAACCACCUGACCAACAAAAAAAUCCAGAUCCAACCACAGAAAAAUGGGCAGGCACGUUGCGGCGUCGAGACCCAGCCACCGUACUACCUUCAAUAGGCAGGAAGGCUUCCUCCUUAGGUAGUGGAAGAAUACUUAGCAGAUCUGUUGACAGAAUACCCAAAGGGAGAGCUCGUCCACUUAUACCUAUAAAACCAAGGUUUAGAAAAAUAGAUGUUCCAAACGAAGGGCCCGAUGUCACCAUUUUUGAGAAGGAUGAGAAGGUCUUCGAUGCGACAGGAUACGAACUCCAUCUAGUGGAGACUUUGGAAAGAGACAUUUUGCAAAAGAACCCUGCUGUUCGCUGGAAGGAUGUCAUAGGACUCGAUGACGCAAAGUCCGUAUUGCAAGAGGCGGUGGUCUUACCGCUGGUAAUGCCUGAUUACUUUAAGGGUAUCCGCCGACCUUGGAAGGGUGUCCUUCUGACUGGUCCACCGGGAACUGGCAAGACCUUGCUAGCCAGAGCCGUAGCCACUGAGUGCCGAACUACUUUCUUCAACGUGUCAUCUGCCACCUUGACUUCGAAGUACAGAGGAGACUCUGAGAAACUUGUUCGCCUUUUGUUUGAUAUGGCAGCAUUCUACGCCCCAAGUACGAUAUUCCUAGACGAGGUGGAUUCUCUUUGUGCGGUUCGUGGCGCUGACUCUGAACACGAAGCCUCAAGGAGGUUCAAGGCUGAACUGCUCAUACAGAUGGACGGACUGGCUGCUGCUUUCCAUCGAGAUAAAAUCAUAAUGGUGUUGGCAGCGACUAAUCACCCGUGGGACAUCGAUGAAGCUUUCAGAAGACGAUUCGAGAAGAGAAUAUAUGUUGGUCUACCUGAUGAGGCAACGAGAGUCCGGCUGCUGAAGCUUUGUCUACGAGAUGUUGCGCUAAACGAGAGUGUGAAGCUAAAAGAGAUAGCCAGCCAGCUUGAAGGAUACAGCGGUUCCGAUAUUAGUAAUCUUUGCAGGGAUGCGGCAAUGAUGACGAUGCGGCGUAAGAUAGCUGGCAAGAGUCCUGAGGAAAUACGACAGCUCAAGCGAUCUGAACUUGACGCUCCUGUAUCAAGCGAAGACUUGAACAUUGCCAUUGAAAAAACCAGGCGAACAGUAUCAGAUGCUGACGUGAGCCGGUACAACACGUGGAUGGCCAAGCACGGGUGUUCCUAGCGCCGCGCCUGGGCUCUCAGAGCCCUCUUACAGAAACUGCGUAACGACUAACCAUCGAACUAGUGGCAUAUGCUGUAUCUGCUAGGCUGACGUCUUAAAAAGAACUGUCUUUACUACUCGCAGACGUUUACCCCUAAACUGCUUAAUACGCAGUAUCAGUACAUUUUAAACGGUUUUAUUUAGCUUGACCCAUUUGUUUGUUUGGGUCUUUAGUAAUUGGAAAUUUACUCCCUCGCAGACGACAGAUCGAUUUGAUAUUUGGUACACACUCUUAAUCUUGAUGACCAUACAACAUUAUAUUUUUUUUUCCACAACUACCCCCAAAGUCAAAGUCAAAAUCAAAUCAUUUGUUCCAAUUAAAUCAUAUACUUAGGUACUUUUGAAACGUCAACGUAGAAAGAAAUAAACCGUAGUCUGUCAGUCUGUCUGUUAGUGAAGCUAGGUCCCAUUAGCCCCAUUAUGGAUAUCGAUUGAUAGAACAGAGUUCAUUAAAACCUUUUAACUUUUAAACUGAUUUCCCAUUCACAUUGUCAGCUGUAAAGGUUUUACUAUUUAUAUUUACUUUACUAACUCGUAUUCCUAAGGUUUUUAGAGUUUUAUUUUUAAUUAUUCAUACACUUCAAUAUUUUUUAUAUUAAUGAAAAAAUAUAGUAACGUGUAGCGCAUUCUCUAGAAAUCUUGGUAACCUCUCAACUAAGCGAAAUUAUUUAGUGCUAAGAGCUAGUAUACCAUCAUUUUAAAUGAUUUUGAAAUUUAAUAGUAUAUUUUUAAAGUUUGAUUUGCUUUAACGGGUACAAUUUUAGUCUGCGUUAAAAAAAAAGCGUAAAAGUCUCUUGAAAUUUAGACGUCAGCCUAGCUUAGACCGGUCAUCGUUCUAUAGAUGCGAUAUUUGGACUGAAUCCAGUGAUUAUAAAAUUAUGAAGUGUAAAUUGUAUACUGUUUUGAUAGUGAUCAAAACUCACAUCGGAACUGCAAAGCUUUUGUGGUCAGCGUGGCCAUUGAAUAUUAAUUACCUGCGUUUUUAUAGGUAAUAAGGGGUUGAUCAACCUUUACUGUCGAAUAUUUGUCAUCCAUUUGUUAUAUACUCCGCCAGCAUUAAGUUGCGUUGAACAGCACUUUGGUACUUUUCCACCAGCGACGUGCUAUGCUACGAUUCUGUGGAUGCGUUUGGCUUCCACCAAUCAUAUUGAUAUUGACACAUAGCUUAAAACUAUUGGAAACGAACUCAGCUAUGUGUUUUAUAUGGUUUCUCUACUAUCGAUACAUCGUUUACUCGAACUGUCCUCGCACAGUUAUAUAGCUUAGUAUCAGUGGAAACGGUUACAUAGUUUCACGAUUUAAUUACUACAUCUUCGUAGCAUAGCUACAUAGCACAUCUCUGGUGGAAAUCUAUCCUUAAUGUGGCAUUCAUUGAGUACAUUUAUAACCCGUUAAUAGUGGAUGUCUCUGAUAUUUUGUGGGCAUCCAUAUUGGUUCAACAAAGAAAAGUUUACAUAAUUAAUAAUACAAAGAAUUUUUAUACCAAUUGUCUACUUAAGAUGCACUGAAUGAAUAUAAUUAUAAUAUUACAAAUUGCGGGAUUUAUAUUAUUGAUUGAUUGUAGUGGAUUUAAGAUUUAGUUUCUUUGUUUUGUUUAAACUUGACAAUUAUGAUAUUAUCUGAUGCUAUGUUAAUCUCUGUAGCUUGAUUUUCAAUUAUAUUUACACAAAUAAACUCAGAAUUAGAGAUUUAGUUUUAAUUUAUUAUUAAAACUUUGUCGUAGUGAUGUUCUUUGUCGAUUACGUUUUCGAUAUCGAUAUUCGAUACUUAUAUUAUUUCGCUUACUAGAAUUUGACAGCUUUUGGCUAAGCAAUCAUUAUAUUUUUCACUUAUUAUAAUUAUUUUAUUUCCUGGCUUAUUGCUUUUAGUGGCAAAAUAUUUAAAGGAAUUGACAUGUGGGUGUUUUUUUUUGUAAUAAAAGAAAAAUAAUGGUCAAAAUCUGUUUAUUGAGGAAUGGCGUAAAAUAGUGUAGUUGAUAAUUUGUCUGUCUGUCUGCGUAAAUAUUUCAGUGUAAAAUGUAGCUGUACCGUGCCGUUGGAUAACGUGUAGAUAUGAAUUUUAAUAAAGUUCUUAUACGAAGUUUGA